CCCGGGGCUGCAGGGAGCGCAGCGCGCGCGGCCCGGGCCCCGGCCACCGGACGCCCUACCGGACACGACCCUCCCUGGAGCUUGGACAACUGCCCACCUCGGACAUUGCACCGGACGCUGCCCCCCACAGGGCUGGACACUACAACGGACACUACUUCCCAGCUCCGGACAUUGCUCUCUCCUCCCCCCCCCCCCCCGGCCCAGGCUCUGGGUGCCUUUCCCCCCCGCCCCCCUACGGGGGCCCAAGACAUUGAGCCCCCCGCAGGCUCUAGGCAACGUCCCCUUCCACCCCAGCGACGGACACUGCCUCCUCACCGUCCGCCCCCCCUUCUCCCGCCUCGUCUCCCCGCUCAGGUCGGAGCCCCGCCAGUUUCUCCGACCCCCUGCUGUUCGGCCGCAGUGGUCGGGCGCCCCCAUCCCCUGGCUGCCCGCCCGGAUGCCUCUCCCCGGGGGUUUGUGGUGGCUCCUCUGCUGCCGUCGGGGCUUUACUCUUCUGCACCGGGACUACGGAGACGGCGAGCUUAGCGGGGACGGGGACGGGGACGAGGACGAAGAGACCUUUGAGCUGCGGACCCCGAGUCCAGCGGGCGGCGGGAGGGGUUCCCUGGACGUGACGCUGACUCAGCCAGCCAGGAGCGGGCAGAUCUCCGACAGGCUGCAGAGCUGGGAGGAGACGUGGAGCCUCAUCCCGGAGAAGGGGCUGCCGGAAGACGACCCCGACGUCGUUGUGAAAGGCUGGCUGUACCGCGAGCCCCGUGGGGGAGGAGUGCGGCCAUGGCUGCCCCCGCGCCGGGCUUGGUUCGUGCUCACGCGGGACUCUCUGGACCAGUUCAGCAGCAGCGGGAAGGGGGCGCGGCGCCUCGGGAGCCUGGUGCUUACCAGUCUGUGCUCAGUGACCGGCCCGGAGCGCAGGCCCAAGGAAACUGGUCUGUGGUCCGUGACUGUGUCUGGUCGGAAGCACAGCGUCCGCCUCUGUUCCCCGCGCCAAGCCGAGGCCGAGCGCUGGGGGGCGGCAUUGCGGGAAGUGAUCGCUUCCAAGGCCCCGCUGGAGACCCCCACACAGCUACUGCUCAGGGACAUACAGGAGAGCUGUGGAGACCCGGAGGCAGUGGCCCUCAUUUACCACCGGAACCCCAUCCUGAGGCACACCAGCGGGGCCCUGUAUGCCCCACUGCUGCCCCUGCCCUACGGAGGCAGCGCCCCAGGUCCUGGCUACGCACCCUUGCGCGAGGAGGCAGUCCGGCUGUUCCUGGCACUGCAGGCGCUGGAAGGGGCGCGGCGCCCCGGGCCCCUGAUGCAGGGUGUGCUCCAGACCUGCCGGGACCUGCCUGCACUCCGCGACGAACUCUUCCUACAGCUGGCUAAGCAGACCUCAGGCCCCACGGGGCCCCCAGGACUGCCAGCCACCCAAGACCCUGCAGCCCUGCGGUACUGGCAGCUUCUUACCUGUAUGAGCUGCACCUUCCGGCCUGGGGGAGCCGUACGGGGGCACCUCCUGGGACAUCUGGAGAGGACAGAGCAGGCGCUCCCGGACUCGGAACUGGCGGAAUACGCGCGCUUCAUCCGGAAAGCCUUGAGUCGGACUCGUGGCCGAGAGCUGGUGCCGUCGCUGGCAGAGAUUUCGGCGCUGAGCCGACGGCAGGAGCUGCUGUGCACCGUGCAUUGCCCAGGGGCUGGUGCCUGCCCAGUGGCCAUCGACUCCCACACCACAGCGGGCGAGGUGGCUCGGGAGCUGGUGGGGCGACUGGGCUUGGCCCGGAGCCGCAACGCAUUUGCACUGUACGAACAGCGAGGUGCCCAGGAGCGAGCCCUGGCUGGAGGGACCCUAGUGGCCGACGUGCUCACCAGGUUUGAGAAUUUGGCGGCGGAGGACGCCGGGCUGGAGGACGCGCCGGACUCCGGGUGUAGACUGUGUCUGCGUCUUCACGGCCCGCUGCACCCCGAGGGGCUGUCCCCGGACGGCCACGAACUGCCUUUCCUCUUUGAGCAGGCUCACGCUCUGCUGCUGCGCGGACGGCCGCCCCCGCCCGACGACACCCUGCGCGCCCUGGCGGCGCUGCGCCUGCAGAGCCUGCACCGGGACUUCUCCCCGCGGGCGCCCCUUCCGCGCCUGGACCGCCUGCUGCCGCCCCCCACCGCGCCGCCCCGUGCAGACCCGCCCCGCCCGCUCCCCAGGCCGCCGCCCUCCGCCGCCCUGCUGGCCGGGGCACUGUGGAGCCCGAGCCUGGCCAAGAGGCGGGCGGAGCGGGCCCGGCGCGGCGGGGCGGGCCGUCCGGCGAGAAGCGCGGCCCGCGAGGGAGGAGGCGGCGCCGGCACGGCGGCGGCCGUGCUGGGCGGCUGGAAGCGGCUACGGGGCAUGGGCCGAGCUGAGGCCAUGGCUGCCUACCUGGCUCUGGCGGCGCAGUGUCCGGGGUUCGGCGCUGCUCGGUAUGACGUUCUGGAGCUGAGCACGGAGCCUGGUGGGGGUGCUCCACAGAAGCUAUGCCUGGGCCUGGGAGCCAAGGCCAUGUCCCUCUCCCGGCCAGGUGAGACAGAACCCAUCCACAGUGUCAGCUAUGGCCACGUGGCCGCCUGCCAGCUAAUGGGCCCCCACACUCUGGCCAUGAGGGUGGGAGAGAGCCAGCUCCUCCUUCAGAGUCCCCAGGUGGAAGAGAUCAUGCAGCUGGUGAAUGCCUACUUGGCCAGUCCCUCCCCCGAGAGGCCCUGCAGCCCUUCUCCUCCAUGCCAAGAUCUGCCAGACACCGCCCCUCCCAGCCAGCACUCGGGCCUGGAUGAGCCCCAGGGACAGUCUGGCUGCUUGGGGCAGCUGCAGGACUGAGCCUGCCAAGAGGUCACAGCUUGCCUCCUGCCUCCAGCCUGGGCCAGGACUGCUCCGAGAUGGGAGCGAACGAUGGACCCUUUUGGCCCUGCAGGGACAGGGCACAUCCCACACCCAAAGGCUGCAAUGGGUGUGGACAGUUUUCUAGUUUGUUUCUUAAUUUAUUUGUAGAAGACAAGCAAAAAAAAAAAAUUCUUAUUUACACAAACCCUUCCUGUGGGAGCGUUGUCGGUGGGACAAGUUGGAGCCCCUGAGCUCAGAGCUCCACCCCAGGGGACGCCCACACUCUGGGCUUUUACCAGGCACUGAGGAGUCUGGACACC